AUGAAAAAACAACCGAGAAUAACUAAAAUCAAUAGUAAAAAAAGUAGCAAGAACGACUUCAAUAAUACCACAAAUAAUAAUAUGAAGCAAGAGACGACACGAAGUAAAGUGACAAAUGCUUGCAAGAACUGCCAAAUUAGGAAAGUAAAAUGUACGGGGAACACAACCUGUCAAAGAUGUCAAAGGCUUAAACUCUGUUGCGAAUUUUUAGUCCCACAAAAAAAGCGUGGGCCUCCUAAAGGUCGACCACUCACACAUAAACGAAAAGUGAAGAAGGUAGUCAAUAAAAUAGUUGUUUGUGAAAAACUUAAUUUUCGUGUCGGUCUAUCGAAUAAAACUUCAUCUGAAAUCACCCAGCCAAUAAAUCUUAAUGUCAACUUAAAUAUUAACGUGAACGCUGACGACUUGAAUAAUGGUGUGUGUGAUGAUGGUAAUGAUGAAGUCAAUAAUGAUAGGAUCGUUGAAGAUGCUAAAGAUGAUAAUCUCAUUAUAUCUAGUACAAACAACUUUCUACAAAAUACGUCAACGAUGCUACCGACUCCGAUGUUAAUCGAUACACAAUUCAUAAAUUAUUCAAUAUCGCCAACAUUAAUGCCAACAAUGCCACCCGUUCCAAUUAUCGACAAAUCAUAUUUGGAAAAUUUAGCCAUGGAAGAAAACAACAGGUUGACUUCUGGUAGUGACAGCUACAAUGGUAAUACAUUUAAUGAAUUAUUAAAUACUCAUCCUCCAUAUGUUUACGAUGAAUCAUCAUAUAUUGGAAAUUAUUACACCGCCGCUACAAUGCCAUACAAUAAUAAUAACAAUAUGUUGGAACCAAAUACAUACAAUGUGUUUAAUAAUUAUCAAUAUAAUAAUCCUUUAAUCGUACCAUCACCAUCUCCCAAUAUGUUUCGUGAUAUUCUUUGGAGAAUAAAUUCUGGUGAUGCAUCAUCAUUUUUAUAA